AGUGCGUUCCAUAUAAAAUUGUGACAGCUAGAUUGUCAAUUUUAGUUCAACAAUUGGAUUGGAGUACUACUUCCUUUCUUUCUAGUUUGUUGUGUACAGAGUUAAACAUGCCAAAAGCCCGCAAAGAACCUGUCAACGCUGUUCAAGUCUUUGGACGCAAGAAAACUGCCACCGCUGUUGCAUACUGCAAACGCGGUCGCGGAUUGCUACGCGUGAACGGCCGUCCUCUGGAUCAGAUUGAACCCAAGAUUUUGCAGUACAAAUUGCAGGAACCUCUGCUGCUUCUUGGGAAGGAAAAAUUUGCCGGUGUUGACAUCCGCAUCCGAGUAUCUGGUGGUGGUCAUGUUGCACAAAUCUAUGCAAUCCGACAGGCCAUUUCGAAGGCCCUGGUUUCCUUCUAUCAGAAAUAUGUAGAUGAGGCAUCCCGUAAGGAGCUGAAGGACAUCCUAACACAGUACGACAGAACGCUAUUGGUUGCCGAUCCGCGUCGUUGUGAACCGAAGAAGUUCGGCGGUCCAGGUGCCCGUGCACGGUACCAGAAAUCUUACCGUUAGUUUUUGCUCCGCAUUGUACCUCUUCAGUUUUGAAUGUGAUUACUUAACUUUUGUUCUCCAAAUAAACGAAGAGUGCAGAUUGUA